AUGAACUCGCUAAAGAUGUCGCUGGUGCUGAAGCACUUUUGGAAAGCCACCAGGAGCAUAAGGGAGAAAUUGAUGCUCGUGAAGGACAGUUUCAACCAGACGGCUGUUUCCGGUCAAGGUCUUCUUGAUAUGGGAAUCCCAGAAAGCGACGAAGCGAGUUAUAUAUUUUUACUUUUCCUGCUUUCUACGAGAGAAGUUGCUUUUCAGGUCCGUCAAAGGCUAGAGCAUCUGGCCCAUGAAAAGGCCGCUCUGCUUGCUCUUUGGGAAGAGCGCCGUAUUCUGUAUGAGCAGUGCAUGGAUCUUCAGCUGUUUUAUCGUGACACCGAACAAGCUGAGACAUGGAUGAACAAGCAGGAAGCUUUCCUUGCCAAUCAAGACCUCGGCGACUCGCUCGAUGCUGUUGAAUCGUUGAUCAAGAAGCAUCAAGACUUCGAAAAGUCAUUAGCUGCACAGGAAGAGAAGAUUAUUGCUCUCGAUGAGUUUGCCACGAAACUCAUCCAGGGUCAGCAUUAUGCUGCAGAUGAUGUGUCAAGAAGACGUCAUGCCCUACUUGACAGAAGACGUCGUCUCAUGGACCGCGCCGCCGAUCGUGCUCGUCAGCUACAUGAAAAUUAUAAAAAGCAGACAUUUAAUCGACAGCUAAAGAUGACUCCUACCUUGACCCUACAAACAUUCGAGGGAAACUUCAAGAAGCACACCAAUUUCGAGCAAGAACUCAAGGCCAACCGUAACCGUCUGGAUGAAAUCAACGAUACUGGCGCUCAGAUUAUUGAGAGCGGUCAUCCUGAAGCUGACGAUAAAGGAGCGAAACUUCGCGAAGCUGGUGAUGAGCAACAGUUCAAUCGUAACAUCGAAGAUGUCGAGCUAUGGCUUAGCGAACUCGAAGGACAGGUCGCUUCUGAGGACUUUGGCAAGGAUCUCGUAUCGGUCCAGAAUCUCCAGAAGAAGAUAGCUCUCCUUGAAAGCGAUUAUCUUGCUCAUCAAGAUCGCGUGGAUGGAAUCAAGGCCUUGGCCAAGAAGUUCGCUGACGAUGAACAUUUCAACGCCCCUGUUAUUAUUCGCAAACAGGAAGCCUUGCAGACACGUUUCCAGAACCUUCGUGACCCUCUUGAGAAACGUAAGAACAAGCUGGCCGAGUCUCUUCAAGGUAAUCAGCUCUUCAGAGACAUUGAAGAUGAACUUGCAUGGAUCAGAGAGAAAGAGCAGGUGGCUGGCUCUACAAAUCGUGGUCGUGACCUGAUAGGUGUCCAGAAUCUCAUCAAGAAGCAGCAAGCGCUCAUUGCUGAGAUCGCCAACCAUGAAAGUCAAAUUGAUGCUGUUAUCUUUUCCCAUUUACUACGAUAUUGCCUCCGAGAUCCGAGACAAACUCGCACAAUUCGUGAUAACUGGAGAAUCUUGAAGACGAAGGCUGAAAAGCGACGUCUGGAGCUUGAUGACUCGCUGCAGGCUCAUCAAUAUUUGGCUGAUGCAAACGAAGCCGAGUCGUGGAUGAACGAGAAAGAACCUGUCGUCGGCUCCACUGAUUAUGGAAAAGACGAAGAUUCAGCUGAGGCUCUUCUCAAGAAGCAUCGUGCACUGAUGUCGGAUUUGGAUGCCUUCAAAGGAACCAUCGAUGAUUUGAGAAAGCAGGCCGCCCAAUGUAAAUACCAGGAGCAACCAGUUGGACAGCUUGGCCGUGAUUGUGUCCUUGCGUUGUACGACUAUCAGGAAAAGUCUCCUCGUGAGGUGUCUAUGAAGAAGGGCGAUGUUCUCACUCUGCUGAACGCCUCGAACAAGGACUGGUGGAAAGUAGGUGUUAUAGAUAAUCAAGGA